AACCCGCUCCAACCACUCCCUUCAAAUAUUUGCCAAAUGUUGCGCGGAGUUUGACAUUCGGUCUCAUAACAGACAACAACGAAAAUCCAACAAGUUUGAAAAGAAGAGGAAACUUCUGUCUGGAGCGACACAAACACACCAGCUGCUGGUCAUGGCCGACGUUGCAAAGGGGAAGAAGCUGUUUGUCCAGAAAUGUUCCCAGUGUCACACGGUGGAGGAGAACGGGCGCAAUAAGGUGGGACCCAACCUGUGGGGUCUGUUCGGGAGGAAGACGGGUCAGGCACCUGGCUUCUCCUACACACAGGCCAACAUUGACAAAGGUGUCAUAUGGAGUGAGGAAACUCUGGAGGUCUACCUUAAAAACCCAAAGAAGUACAUCCCCGGGACCAAGAUGGUCUUCAGUGGGAUCAAGAGGAAAAAGGAAAGACAGGAUAUUAUAGCUUAUUUAAAGGGCGCCACCUCAUAAUAUACUAACCAUACAGAAGCGCCACGACGUCUACAGGGAGAAAAGAGCAGAGGGCGUUUUUAGGACAACAUUUUUGUUUACUUUCUUAUCACAGUUUUGUGUAAUUAUGAUUCCUGAGGGGUUUUCUUCCACUGGGUUUUUCUAAAAACUGAAACGUUCUACUGCCACUUGCACAGAAACUAUGGUUUCAAAACUUUACAUCUUUUACUUUCACUUUAUUAUUUUUAUAGUUAUUAUUCUGUUUCAUGUUUUUAUUGGUGUGUAUACAAGAAUAACAAAAGGCACUUACAUACAUGAGACAUUGAUGUCGGCAUUAAACGUCUUAGAUUUAGAUAUUUUUAGAACCCAACAAUGAUCACAUGACUAAACCAACCACAUAAACAGAAUAGAUAAGAUGAAAUAAUACUACUACUACUAAUAAUAAUAAUAAUAACAAUAAUGAUAAUAAAAU